AUGACAGCGGUACUGAUGCCUGUGGACAUUCGUCAUAAACACGAUCGUUUCCUUUACUUCACUAAACAGUUAACCAAGGAAGCAAUGGAAUCUAUCGCCUGUUCUCGAUGUUCGAAAGAAGUUUCAGUGGAGAAAACCGUGUACUGCAAAUCUUAUGAAAAUAAGGUAAGUGCAAAUGGUUUUUACGGUGCAUUUUCAUUUCAGCAGUCUGACGAAAAUGUUAAGCAUCGGUUCUGCUACAACUGUGUUUAUAACGUCUUAAGGAAAUUGAUAAACGAACGCGGAACAAUCAGUGUGCACGGCGACAUUUAUCAUUCAAUGCCAAACGACUUGAAGACAGAAUUAAAUGAAGUGCUAUGUGCUUCUCACGACAUGACUUUCAUUGCAUGUUCAAUAUGUUCAGAAGAUGUUUCGGCGGAAGAUGUAGUCUACUGCAGACCUAAAGAAGAUAAGCAGCUGAAUCGUCCAGAGGAACAUCCGUGCUGCAAUGAAUGUAUCGCAGGUGAAGUGAGGAAAAUAAUUAAGAAAGGAGACAGUAUUGACUUAUGCGGGCUUUCCUGCAUAAGCACAAAGAUAAUUGUCAAAAAUCUGCCAGCUUCAAUAGGCGGUCGGAUAGAAACUAUGAUACAAAAUGCAAAUCUAGCUGCUCUUGGAAUGGAAGUUGAAAGUUGCAAAAGCUGUGGCUUUUCUGCUGUACCUGAAAAGUCUAAAGAAGAGGAGCAGAUUUUUACAUGUCCAGAAUGUAAAGCACAGCAGUGCAGGUUUUGUUUCGAGAAAUGGACUGAAGAGCAUGAAGUACUGAGCUGCGACGAAAUGCGAGCUUUGGGGUUGAGGCAUAUCACAGAUGGCAAGUGUGAGGAAUGUGGAGACAAGUGUCGUAAGUGGCGGGCUGAAGAUGACAAAUCCAAAGACGAUGAAUCGGUUUCCGAUGAGAGCAAAAUUCAGUGUCUUAUAUGUACGGAUGAAGUUCCAACAGAGGAGACCGUGUGGUGCAGUGCUAAAAACAAAAGAACUGGAACAGAAGUAGAACAUUCUUUCUGCUCCAGUUGUGUAGAGCAGCAGGUGAAAGAAGUGGUUGAUGGUAGCGGAGCUGUCGACCUUCUUGGAAUUCCUUGUCCAAGCGGAAGAAAGUGUUCUAACAUAAUUUCUUGGAGCAGCUUGCGAGGUUGUGUUACAGGAGUGUUAAAGAAAAGAUUAGGUAUUUUGAUGCAAAAUGCAAAUCUACGAGCUACUGGAAUAAAUUUUGAAAGUUGUAAGAACUGUGGUUAUACUGCUCUACCCGAACUACCAAAAGAACAAGAUCAAAUAUUUCGGUGCCCCGAAUGCGGAUCACGACACUGCAGUUCUACUAGGCUUUGUUCUGAAAAAUGGACUGAAGAACACGGCAGACGUCCGUGCAGUGAAGAUGCACGUACAGCUUUCAGACAAUACCAAGAAAAGUUGACCAAAGCAGUAAUUCGUACAUGCACAAAAUGCAAGCUAAAUUACGAAAAAGCAAGUGGGUGUAACAAAAUUGUCUGCAAAUGUGGAGCUUAUUACUGCUAUUUGUGUCGGCAAAAUAUCACAGGAUACGAACAUUUUUGUCGAUGCGGUACAUAUCCAGCACCUGGAACUAAAUGUCAUCAGUGUGGAAAAACGUGUGGAUUAUAUGCCAAUCCACAAUUAUACAUAGAUUACGAAGUUGCUAAAAUUAAGCAGGAAGCACGUGGAAAUCCGCGUAUUGGUAUGAAGUCUUUAUCACCACCUUAA